AUGAGGCUCUUGUCCACAAAAGCAACGUGCAAUAGUCACGGCCAAGACUCUUCAUACUUUUUAGGUUGGCAGGAAUACGAGAAAAACCCUUACGAUGAGAUCCAUAACCCCAAAGGAAUUAUCCAAAUGGGUUUAGCAGAGAAUCAGCUCUCUUUCGACCUCCUGGAGUCAUGGCUGGCUAAGAACCCUGAUGUGGCAGGGUUCAAACGAGACGGCAAAUCCAUAUUCAGAGAACUAGCUCUCUUCCAAGAUUACCACGGUCUCCCUUCCUUCAAAAAGGCAUUGGUAGAUUUCAUGGCAGAAAUCAGAGGAAACAAAGUCACUUUCGACCCCGACCACAUCGUUCUCACUGCCGGUGCCACUUCCGCAAACGAAACCUUAAUGUUCUGUCUCGCUGAUCAAGGAGAAGCAUUCCUCCUUCCCACUCCUUAUUACCCAGGAUUUGACAGAGACCUCAAGUGGAGAACUGGUGCUGAGAUUGUUCCAAUACAAUGCACAAGUUCUAACAACUUCCAAAUUACGGAGACAGCUUUGAAACAAGCUUACGAGGAGGCACGCAAGCGCAACCUGAGAGUGAAAGGCGUUUUGGUGACAAACCCGUCAAACCCGCUAGGCACCACAAUGUCUCGGAGUGAAUUGAACCUUCUCGUCGACUUCAUCAAAGAGAAAACCGACAUGCAUUUGAUAAGCGACGAGAUAUACUCCGGGACGGUUUUUAGCUCCCCGGGCUUCGUCAGUGUCAUGGAAAUCCUCAAGGAGCGAAACGACACUGACGGAAUCGGGAACAGAGUUCACGUUGUCUAUAGUCUCUCCAAAGACUUGGGUUUGCCGGGUUUCCGCGUCGGCGCUAUCUACUCAGAAAACGACACUGUGGUUGCCGCCGCAACGAAGAUGUCGAGCUUUGGGUUGGUCUCUUCGCAGACACAGUACCUCCUCUCUGCCAUGCUGGGCGACAAGAAGUUCACCCGAAACUACAUCGUUGAGAAUCAGAAGAGGCUCAAACGACGACAGAGAAUGAUGGUUUCGGGGUUACAAAAAGCUGGUAUUUCUUGCCUCGAGAGCAAUGCGGGGUUGUUUUGCUGGGUAGACAUGAGGCACCUUUUGCAUUCGAACACGUUCGAAGCUGAGAUGGAGCUGUGGAAGAAAAUAGUGUACCAAGUUGGGUUAAACAUUUCUCCCGGGUCUUCGUGCCAUUGCACUGAGCCAGGGUGGUUCCGCGUGUGUUUCGCUAACAUGUCCGAGGAAACUCUGACCUUGGCCAUGAAACGCUUGAAGAACUUCGUGGUUGAGUCCACGUGCACUCAGAGGAGUGCUCUGUUCAACGGAACCUCCAAAAGAAAGUCUCUCACCAAGUGGGUUUUUCGGUUAUCGUCUCGCGAUCAUCGUGAACAGGAAGAACGGUAG